CAAUGAGCGCAAAUGUUUUCCGCAGCGAUACACGGCCACUAACACACCGUUCUUUUUUCCUGGGUGAUAAAGGUCGGUUUGUCAGAUAAUAGGUUGAUAACGUUAAUCGAGAUAUGGCAGCAGUCAGCUUCUCCGAGGCGCUCUGUCAGCCGUGUGUUUAUCACGAGAAAUUCAAAGUUGAGCUGAAUGUAAAGAGACCCCUGAUGCCUGUCCACCUGAGUCCAGGGCAGGUGGGGCUGGAGAUGCUGUAUCUCUGUGGACAACUGGACCUUCUCAUCAGGGCACAGGUACACCAGUUCCAGGAGCAGCUGAGACAGGACUGUAGCCCUGAGGAGUCGGACACUUUCCAGGAGCAAGGAGCAGAGAUUAUUGAUCAGAUGCUCCAAUGCUUAGAACACCUGCCAAAACCUAUGCCACACCUGGAGGACUAUCUUGACAUGGUGGGUCUGUCGACCAUGUACCCUCGCGUGGAAGUGUUCCUCAUCCAGGGCAGCCCAGUAGACAUGCUGGAGAAACCCCCAAUGGAUGAAUACUUCUCACACAUCGGGAGGCUCAAUCAGCUACUAGUACUUAGUCAGCAGCUAGAGGAGGAUGUAAAACAUCUCGGGAGCCACAAAUACAUCGCACACCAGCUGUCAGUUAUAUAUCAAGUGCUCAGCUCAUUCCGAGGUAUCCAGCCACUGUCGGUCCUGAAGAAAGAAAUUGAGGCCAACUUCAGACAGAUGAAGACAUCUUUGCUGACAGAGGAGGGUUCCAGGCAGGAGCCUCAGCUCCCAGCACACUACAUCAGCUGGAUAUUGGAGCUGACUCUUAGUAUAACGUCAACAGUCUCCUCGCUACCAGAGGAACUCACUGAAGACCUGAGUCCAGCCAUGACCUUUGUGUCCCAGCUAUGACAUCACACCUGACAUUGGGCCCGUGUUACAUAUUACCAACCCGUGGAGCUGAGGGUCAACAUUUUAUUUUUUUUAUUUUUUAUUAACGUCCGACAGACCAACCCGGUGAUUGAAGAAUGAUGUUUUGACAUGUCACUGUCAUUUUAUUGAAUAGGGUCCUGAGCUCUCAUUGGUUAAGUGGAUGAAUGUUAAUGAAUGUGUUAUAAAUGUGUUAGGCCAAAUGUCUAAGGUGCUAAAUAAUGUUACUGUAUGAAAUUGCAUUUGAACAAAUUGUUUACAUUGGCCAAUAAAUUAAAUUGAGAGAUAAGCCUAUAGACUGAAAAUCUUCUAAAUUUCAAUAACAGAGAUUGACCACGAGUCAUAGAUUUGAAAGAGAACAGGCUUAACGGGCAAAAUGGUCAUGGAAGCCACGGAAGUUCAAGGCCGACGGUGGUAGAGCAUACAUUGUUAGCGGAAAACAGGAUAGUGAAUGGAAAAAUGGAAAUCCUCAUGGUCAAUCAUCGUCUUAAUAAAUACACAUUUGAAAGAAAACCAUUGUACCAAUACUUGCUUCUAAUACACCAGAUAUAUGUCAUUGAACCGAUUAUUUGGUUCGAUUAUUUUAUUGGCUAUCAACUUGUGUUACUCAGCUAGCCUGCACUGUCACGCAGUGUUGCCAACUCCUCAUUAAGGAAAGUAGUUAUAUUGUGAUGGACGCUGUAGGAGAGAGGAAUAACCUCGUGGGAGAGACAAAAAGUGAGUAAAAAACAUCAUAAAUAUGUUUAGAACUACAAAUGAACUUUCUUCUGUUGAUUCUUGUUUUUUUUUUUAUGUCACAAUUCCAACCCUUCUCCAAUUUGUGACUUCAAAGUCUUUUAGUGAUUGGGACCGGGAAAAGUGACCCAAAAGAGACACUCCGGCAGAGUUACUUAGUUUUUUAGUUUAGUUUUCUUAUUUGGUUUGGUUUUUAACCGUAUAGUCCACUUAGGAACCUACAACAAGUCACAGUAAAACAUGAACAUUUUUAACCAUAUUUUUGUUGUUGUAUACAUUCUACAUUAAAAAUCUAAAUGGACCAAAAAGAGACAAUAGAAAAAAACUGUCAAUGGCAACGUGAGAAAAUUAUGGUAACUAGUCUGGCCCUAAUUCAGGUUAGUUUUUUAAAAUGUAAACCAGGGCGGGAUCAGCCAGCGGCAGCUUCCCGCAUGCGCGAUUCAUUGGCAGUCAGCGC